AUGUUCCCUAGCCCCGCCGCCGCCGCCGCCACCACGACGCCCUUCUCGGUCAAGGAUAUCCUGAGCCUGGAGCAGCAUCCCAGCGGCUUGGCUUCGAUGGAGCUCUCGGCGCUGGGCUCGUCCUCGUCGUCCUCGUCCUCGUCCUGUAUGCUGGCCAGCGGCUUCAAGCAGGAGACCUACCCGACCGACGAAGCGCCCGGGGCAGGCACGCCGGCCGCCCUCCCCAAAGCCAACGGCCACGCGUUCCCCGGCGCCUUUUACGCCAAACACUACGUGGAAAUGGACUCGGCUAAGGAACCCAAAGCCAGCAAGAAAGCGUCAGAGCUGUGCGCCCUCCAGAAAUCCCUGGAGCAGCAGGAGAAGCGCGAGGCGGAGGACCCCGAGCGGCCCCGGCAGCGGAAGCGGCGGAAACCCCGCGUGCUCUUCUCACAGGCGCAGGUCUACGAGCUGGAGCGCCGCUUCAAGCAGCAGAAGUACCUCUCGGCCCCGGAGCGGGACCACCUGGCCAGCGUGCUGAAGCUCACCUCCACUCAGGUCAAGAUCUGGUUCCAGAACCGGCGCUACAAGUGCAAGCGGCAGCGGCAGGACCAGAGCCUGGAGAUGGUGGGCCUCCCUCCGCCACGCAGGAUCGCCGUGCCUGUCCUGGUGCGGGACGGCAAGCCGUGCCUGGGGGACUCAUCACCCUACAGCUCCCCCUACAAUGUCAGCCUCAACCCCUACAGCUACAAUGCCUACCCGGCCUACGGCAACUACAACGGUGCUGCCGCAGCGGCGGCCGCCUGCAACGCCAGCUACAGCUGCAGCUACCCGGGCGUGCAGAGCGUGGCGCCCUCCUCGGCCGCCGCCGGCAACUUCAUGAACUUUGGCGUGGGGGACUUGAACGCCGUGCAAACGCCUAUCCCGCAAGGGAACGGCGGCCUCUCCACGUUGCACGGCAUCCGGGCCUGGUAG